CGGCGGCCGCCGGAGCCGACAUGGCGGACGAGGAGGUGGCCAAGCUGGAAAAGCACCUGAUGCUUCUCCGCCAGGAAUAUGUAAAGCUGCAGAAGAAACUAGCAGAUACAGAAAGGAGAUGCAACCUUCUGGCCGCCCAGGCGAACCAAGAGAAUGCCAGUGACACGUUCAUCUGUCGACUCCUUGCCAUCGUGGCUGAUCUCUACCAGCAGGAACAGUACAGUGACCUGAAGAUAAAGGUUGGGGACAAGCACAUCAGUGCUCACAAAUUUGUGCUGGCAGCACGCACUGAGACUUGGAGCCUAGCCAACCUCGUGUCGACAGAGGAGCUGGAUCUGUCAGAUGCUGACCCAGAGGUAACCAUGGCAAUGCUGCGCUGGAUCUAUACAGAUGAACUUGACCUAAGAGAAGAUGAUAUCUUCUUGACAGAGCUCAUGAAAUUAGCUAAUAAAUUUCAACUCCAGCUGCUUAGGGAAAGAUGUGAGAAAGGAGUUAUGUCACUAGUUAAUGUUAGGAACUGUAUUCGCUUCUAUCAGACUGCUGAGGAGCUGAACGCUGGUACUCUCCUGAACUACUGUGCUGAAAUAAUUGCUAGUCACUGGGAUGAUUUGCGUAAAGAAGACUUCAGUAGCAUGAGUGCUCAGUUGCUGUAUAAAAUGUUCAAAUCAAAGACAGAAUAUCCUUUGCAUAAGGCUAUUAAAGUUGAGAGAGAGGAUGUUGUCUUCUUGUACCUUAUUGAAAUGGAUUCACAGCUUCCUGGAAAGCUCAAUGAACUGGAUCACAAUGGAGAUCUUGCUUUGGAUCUAGCCCUCUCCCAGCGACUGGAGAGCAUUGCAACUACACUGGUCAACUACAAGGCUGAUGUAGAUAGAGCAGACAAGAAUGGCUGGAGUCUAUUACAUAAAGCCAUCCAAAGAGGAGAUAAAUUUGCUGCGAACUUUCUUAUUAAAAAUGGUGCCCGUGUGAAUGCUGCUACUCUGGGAGACCAGGAGACUCCUCUGCACCUUGUGGCAUCGUACAGCCCCAAGAAGCAUUCACCAGAUGUCAUGGCUGAGAUGGCCCAGAUAGCAGAAUCCCUCUUGCAGGCUGGAGCCAAUCCCAACAUGCAAGACAGCAAAGGAAGGACCCCAUUACAUGCAUCAAUUGCUGUGAGGAAUGAACCUGUAUUCAGUCAACUCCUCCAGUGCAAACAACUAGAUUUGGAACUGAAGGAUCAUGAGGGAAGCACAGCUCUGUGGCUUGCAAUUCAGUAUAUCACCGUGUCUUCUGAUCAGUCUGUAAAUCCUUUUGAGGAUGCCCCUGUUGUAAAUGGAACCUCAUUUGAUGAGAAUAGUUUUGCAGCAAGGUUGAUCCAACGAGGCAGCAAUACAGAUGCGCCAGACACGGUAACAGGAAACUGCUUGCUUCAGAGGGCAGCUGGUGCUGGAAAUGAGGCAGCUUCUCUCUUCCUAGCCACUCAUGGAGCAAAAGUGAACCACCAAAAUAAAUGGGGAGAAACUCCACUGCAUACAGCGUGUAGGCAUGGCCUAGCAAACCUGACAGCGGAGCUUCUGCAGCAAGGAGCCAAUCCCAACAUCCAAACUGCAGAAGCAGUCCUUGGUCAGAAGGAUAAAUCUUCUCCAGCAGCAGAGAAUGUCUACCUGCAGACUCCCCUUCACAUGGCCAUUGCUCACAAUCAUCCAGAUGUGGUAUCAGUCAUCCUGGAACAAAAAGCUAAUGCACUUCAUGCUACCAACAACUUGCAAAUCAUUCCUGACUUUAGCUUAAAGGACUCAAGAGAUCAGACAGUGCUGGGAUUGGCUCUGUGGACGGGCAUGCACACGAUAGCAGCUCAGCUUCUUGGAUCUGGAGCGUCCAUUAAUGACACAAUGUCAGAUGGGCAGACUCUGCUACAUAUGGCAAUACAGAGACAAGACAGUAAGAGUGCACUGUUUCUGCUGGAACAUCAGGCAGAUAUAAAUGUCAGAACGCAGGAUGGAGAGACUGCCCUACAACUAGCAAUAAAAAACCAGCUCCCUCUUGUGGUUGAUGCUAUCUGUACCAGGGGAGCAGACAUGUCUGUGCCAGAUGAGAAAGGAAAUCCACCUUUAUGGCUUGCUUUGGAAAAUAACUUGGAAGAUAUUGCCUCAACUCUGGUUAGGCAUGGCUGUGAUUCAACCUGUUGGGGGUCAGGACCAAGUGGGUGCUUACAGACUCUUCUUCAUAGAGCUAUUGAUGAAAACAGUGAACAAAUAGCAUGCUUUCUUAUUCGCAGUGGUUGUGAUGUGAAUAGCCCCAGAAAGCCAGGCCCUAAUGGAGAAGGGGAGGAAGAAGCUCAUGAUGGACAGACUCCCCUGCACUUGGCAGCCUGCUGGGGGCUGGAAGAGGUGAUUCAGUGCCUUCUGGAGUUUGGUGCCAAUGUCAAUGCUCAGGAUGCAGAAGGGAGAACUCCAAUCCAUGUUGCCAUUAGCAACCAACAUAAUGUUAUCAUCCAGCUAAUGAUUUCACAUCCAGAAAUAAAGCUCAAUGUGCGUGACAGGCAAGGAAUGACCCCCUUUGCAUGUGCUAUGACUUAUAAAAACAACAAGGCAGCAGAAGCAAUUCUGAAGAGGGAGCCAGGAGCUGCUGAACAGGUUGAUAAUAAAGGUCGGAAUUUCCUUCAUGUAGCUGUUCAAAACUCUGACAUCGAGAGUGUGCUGUUCCUGAUAAGUGUCCAGGCCAACGUCAACUCUCGAGUCCAGGAUGCCUCAAAACUAACACCUCUCCACCUGGCUGUACAAGCUGGCUCAGAGAUCAUUGUGCGUAAUCUGCUGCUUGCAGGCGCCCAGGUCAAUGAACUGACUAAGCAUCGUCAGACAGCGCUCCACUUAGCAGCCCAGCAAGACUUGCCCACAAUUUGUUCAGUUCUUUUGGAGAAUGGAGUAGACUUUGCAGCUGUGGAUGAAAAUGGAAACAACGCUCUUCAUCUAGCAGUGAUGCAUGGCCGUCUAAACAAUAUCCGAGUCCUCCUCACUGAGUGCAAUGUAGAUGCAGAAGCCUUUAAUAUUAGAGGCCAGUCACCAAUGCAUAUUUUGGGACAAUAUGGGAAAGAUAAUGCUGCAGCCAUCUGUGAGCUCUUCUUGGAGUGUAUGCCAGAGUACCCUCUAGACAAACCUGAUGCUGAAGGAAACACAGUGCUCCUGUUGGCAUAUAUGAAGGGGAAUGCUAACUUGUGCCGUGCAAUAGUGAGAGCUGGGGCUCGUCUUGGGGUUAACAAUAAUCAAGGGGUCAAUAUCUUCAACUACCAGGUUGCAACAAAGCAGCUUCUCUUUAGGCUAUUGGAUAUGCUGACAAAAGAACCUCCCUGGUGUGAUGGCUCCAACUGCUAUGAAUGCACUGCCAAAUUCGGAGUCACAACGAGGAAGCAUCACUGCCGACACUGUGGACGUCUGCUCUGCCAUAAGUGCUCAACAAAGGAGAUUCCCAUCAUAAAAUUUGAUCUGAACAAGCCGGUUCGAGUUUGCAACAUCUGCUUUGAUGUCCUCACUCUGGGAGGAGUCUCCUAGUAAGCUGUGGCAGUGAACGGAUUCCUAGUCAGUGCUCCUGACAGCAGCUCUGCUUACAAGCCCUGUGGAUGGGGAAGAAGAGGCCUAUACAUGUCGUCUUCUGAACUAAUUAAGGACCCUGUUAUGAUAUAUUCCAGUAUAAAUGAUUUUGUAUGACUGUAAAUGUAUUGGGCUGUGAUAGACUUCGCUAGGAAUUUGAGUGGACCAUGGAAGCCAAGUGACAAACAGGAAUUUAGACCCUCUUGUAGUGUCAGUGGGGUACAGAAGCUAAAAUUGUUCGGCUGGUCUUUAAACCAUCAUAAAACAGGUAUGUCCUUGACAUGGUGCUUUGCACUGAGCAACUCUAUUAAGUCCUGUUGCUUUCAGGCUGCUUAGUAGAGAUGGCAUUAAGUUUCAGGGUAACCAGGUAUUUUUCUUUGCUUUGUCUUAAAUGUUCCCCUUCUCUAGAGAAGACGUCUCGUGAGGCUAGACUGAGCUGUUAAAACCACUGUUGAAAACUUCUUUAAAAUGGGGUCUAGUUCUAAGCAUAGUUUAAGAAUUGUGGCCUUACAACAGAAAGCUUUACAACAUCUGAUGCAAAGCAGUCAGAAUUGCAGAUCCACAUCUCGAUACCUCCUCAAUAAAUGUCUUAUUAGCUUUAGCAAGUUCAGGAAAGUGCA